AUGUCAAUACGGCGUCUUUUGGUCAAGGUUAAUUUCGUGUUUCGGCAGGCAAUCAAGCACAAACGCCCAGCAAUUCAGCUCCUUCUCUGCUUCUUCCUCCUCCUUGCAAUCUCAGUCGUCAUCCUUAUCAAGCUCAACAACGAUCCUCUAGCAAUCCAAAAACCUUACAUCUACAUCGAGCCAUUGACCUCAUAUUAUCGCUUUCAACAUGCAUCGUUGACCAAAGACUGGCACGAUUAUAAUUUCAUGGAAUAUGAAGGCACACGAAUUGGACCAGGUGAAAAUGGAACUGCUGUUUUUUUGCCACCUGAUGAGCAAGAUUUGGCAGCUAAAAUAUUUUUGGAAAAUAAGCAUAAUGGACUUGUGAGUGAUAAAAUUCCUAGAGACAGGUCACUGCCUGACACAAGACCACCAGAAUGUAAAACUAAGCAAUAUUUAGCGGAACUGCCGCAAGUUUCUGUCAUUAUUCCAUUCCAUAAUGAAAUUUUAAGUACUUUGACUAGGACUAUCCACAGUGUCUUCAAUAGAUCACCACCGGAACUUCUAAAGGAAGUGAUUCUCGUCAAUGACCAUAGUGACAAAGACUAUUGCUAUGAACCACUCGAGACUUACAUUGCUGAGCAUUUUGAUGUCAAUAAAAUCAGAAUUUUAGUACUUAGUACUCGUUCAGGUCUAAUGUGGGCACGUCUAGCUGGUGCUCGAGCUGCAUCCGGUGAUGUUUUGAUAUUUAUGGAUUGCCAUACAGAAGCAAAUAUCAACUGGCUGCCACCAUUAAUUGAACCAAUUGCUAAAGAUUACAGAACCUGUGUGUGUCCAUACAUUGAUGUGAUUAGUGCUAAGGAUUAUCAUUAUUCUGCUGUUAUUGAUGGAACUAGAGGAGUUUUUAACUGGCACUUCUUUUAUCAAUUCUUGCCAUUAAGACCACAAGAUAAGUUAGAUCCAGCUGAGCCUUUUGAAUCACCUGUUAUGAUGGGAUGUGUUUUUGCUAUAUCGGCUAAGUUUUUCUGGCAGCUUGGUGGAUAUGAUUCGGCACUCGAGAUUUGGGGUGGUGAACAGUAUGAACUAAGUUUUAAGGUCUGGCUGUGUCAUGGAAGACAGCUUGAUGCGCCUUGUUCAAGAGUUGGUCAUCUUUAUCGACCCAGACCGUUCACAAAUGCUGGAAACCAUACCAAUUAUGUACACUAUAACUACAAACGAGUAGCUGAAAUUUGGAUGGAUGACUAUGCUAAGUAUCUUUAUGAGAGAGAUCCGGACUUAUGGAACAACAUUGAUGCUGGUGACACAUCCUAUAUGAAAGGAAUUAAAGAGAAACUCAAAUGCAAGCCAUUCAGCUACUUUUUGGAACAUGUUGCACCCGAUAUGCUUGAAAGAUAUCCAUACAUUGAACCUCCGGAGUUUGCUAGUGGAGCUAUCAUCAGCGUAGCUAAUCCAACAUUUUGUGUUGAUGCCCUUGGAGACGAUCGAGAAAUGCAAGUUGGCAUCUACCCAUGCAAGGAGAACCUUCAAAAACCAGGAUAUAGACAAAACUUCAAACUUAGGAACCAUCGAGACAUAUCAAUUGAAGGAUCUAACAGCAACUGCCUUGAUUUCAACCAAAACAGGAUUCUCAUUUAUUCUUGUAAAUUCAAGCAAGACAAUCAAUAUUUUAGGUAUGACAUGAAGACACAACAGAUCUAUUGUGGAUCUAAAUGGCGCAAUUGGUGUAUGGAAGUGGAUAUGAGGACUAAGAAGUUGAUUUAUGCAGCGUGUAAUAGUGAAAAAGCUACACAGAAGUGGAAAUGGGGAUUCAUCAAUGAGACAAUGUUGAGUGACUGGAUUAAUAAUGGAAUUCCUAUUAUGGACGAACAGGAAGUGUUGGAUUUAAAGAAGGAAUAUGGAAUGUUGUAA